AUGGCGGGAGGUGUAACGAGGACCACGGGGAUGGGACACAUCCUGAAGUUGAAUGUGCGGUUGUUAGCGGUGGCUGUGCUGCUGGGAACUGAUGUGAGCUGGCUGGGCUUGAAAGACCAGGUUGGGGUCAAUGCCCAGAACAAUGAGAGAAGGGUAUUGGCACAUAUCCCUGGUGAUAUCAUCAUAGGAGCUCUGUUCUCUGUCCACCACCAACCACCUGCAGAUAAGGUCCAUGAGCGAAAGUGUGGUGCGGUCCGUGAGCAGUACGGGAUCCAGAGAGUGGAAGCCAUGAUGCACACUCUGGACCGAAUUAAUGCAGACCCCACCAUCCUUCCCAACAUCAGCCUGGGCUGCGAGAUCAGGGAUUCGUGCUGGCACUCUGCCGUGGCACUGGAACAGAGUAUUGAGUUUAUUCGGGACACACUAGUGUCCAGCGACGAGGAGGAGAGCCAGGGCAGAUGCACGGCAGAAGGAGGGAGCAUGCUUCUUCAGGGGAAGAAGCCUAUUGUGGGACUUAUUGGACCAGGUUCCAGCUCUGUGGCCAUCCAGGUGCAAAAUCUCCUCCAGCUCUUCAACAUCCCACAGAUAGCAUACUCAGCCACCAGCAUGGAUCUCAGUGACAAGAGCCUGUAUAAAUAUUUCAUGAGAGUAGUACCAUCAGAUAUGCAACAGGCCAGAGCAAUGGUGGACAUUGUCAAGAGAUACAACUGGAGCUACGUGUCUGCAAUACACACUGAAGGUAAUUAUGGUGAGAGCGGUAUGGAGGCAUUUAAAGACAUGGCAGCAAAAGAAGGGAUCUGCAUUGCCCACUCUGACAAGAUAUACAGCAAUGCAGGGGAGCAAAGCUUUGACAAGCUUUUGCAGAAACUCAGAGGCCAUUUACCCAAAGCCAGGGUUGUGGCUUGCUUCUGUGAGGGCAUGACAGUCCGAGGGAUACUGAUGGCCAUGAGACGACAACGCCUAGUGGGAGAGUUCGUCCUCGUCGGAAGCGAUGGCUGGGCUGACAGGUAUGAUGUGACUAAUGGCUACCAGAAGGAAGCAGCUGGGGGAAUCACUAUAAAGUUAAAGUCGGCAUAUGUGACCUGGUUUGAUGAUUACUACCUGAACCUGAAGCCUGACGCUAACCUGAGGAACCCCUGGUUCCCCGAGUUCUGGCAGCACCGCUUCCAGUGCAGGUUGAAGGGACAUCCACAGGAGAGCACUGCUUACAACCGCACUUGCACUUGGAGAGAGUCUCUGCGGCAUCAAUAUGCCCAAGACACCAAGAUGGGCUUUGUCAUAAAUGCCAUUUAUUCUAUGGCUUAUGGCCUACAUGCCAUGCAACAAGCACUUUGUCCAGGAUAUAAGGGUUUGUGUGAGACCAUGCGUCCCAUUGAUGGUCGCAAGCUGCUAGAUUUCCUGAUGAAAACCAACUUUACUGGUGUAUCUGGGGAGGCCAUCCUCUUUGACCAGAAUGGAGACUCACCCGGCAGGUAUGAAAUCAUGAACUUCAAGCAGACAGGUGAAGAUGAAUACGCUUACAUCCAUGUGGGAAGCUGGGAUCAGGGUGGCCUAAAGAUGAAUGAUGAAGAAAUCUGGAGCAACAACAGUGAAAUCAUCCAGUCAGUCUGCUCUGAGCCCUGCCAGAAGGCACAGAUUAAGGUGAUCCGUAAAGGAGAGGUGAGCUGCUGUUGGACCUGCACUCCCUGCAAAGAGAACGAGUUCGUGUUUGAUGAGUACACUUGCCGAGCCUGUGAGCUUGGCUCCUGGCCCACAGAUGACCUCACUGGUUGUGAGCCAAUUCCAGUGCAGUAUGUCCGCUGGGGGGAUCCAGAGCCCAUUGCUGCUGUAGUCUUUGCCUGCCUGGGCCUCAUGGCUACACUUUUUGUUACAUCUGUUUUCAUCAAGUUUUGGGACACUCCUGUGGUCAAGUCAUCCAGUCGGGAGCUCUGCUACAUUAUCCUGGCAGGAAUAUGUCUGGGCUACCUGUGUACUUUCAGUCUUAUCGCAAAGCCGCACAUUGUCUAUUGCUACCUCCAGCGGCUGGGAAUCGGACUGUCCCCUGCCAUGAGCUACUCUGCUCUCGUCACCAAGACCAACCGCAUAGCACGGAUCCUGGCAGGCAGCAAAAAGAAGAUCUGUACCAAGAAACCGCGUUUUAUGUCCGCCUGCGCACAAUUGGUCAUUGCCUUCCUACUCAUACUCCUGCAGCUGGGGAUUAUUGUGGCACUUCUCAUCAUAGAGCCACCACAGGUGAUCUAUGAUUACCCCAGUAUCCGUGAGGUGCACUUGAUCUGCAAUCUGACCACUCUGGGGGUGGUAGCACCGCUGGGCUACAAUGGCCUGCUUAUCCUCAGCUGCACCUUCUACGCCUUCAAGACUCGUAAUGUACCAGCUAAUUUUAAUGAGGCCAAGUAUAUUGCCUUCACCAUGUACACCACCUGUAUCAUCUGGCUGGCCUUUGUUCCAAUUUACUUUGGCUCCAACUACAAGAUCAUAACCAUGUGCUUUAGUGUCAGCCUCAGUGCCACAGUGGCUCUCUGCUGCAUGUUUGUCCCCAAGGUGUACAUCAUGCUCGCCAAGCCUGAGAAAAAUGUCCGCAGCGCUUUCACCACAUCCACAGUUGUGCGCAUGCAUGUGGGCGAUGCUAAGAAAGCUGCCAAAUCUGGCAAAUCUUCUAGCAGCAUGGCCAACUUGUUUCGACGUCGUGGCUCUACGCAGGACAACAUAAGUUCCAAUGGGAAAUCAGUUACAUGGACACAGAAUGAGCGUGCAUACAGACCAAACCUGUGGAAGAGGAUGUCAUUUCACGUGAAGAAAAAGGAUCCAGUCGAGGCAAAUCAGACAGCCAUCAUCAAGCCAUUCUCUAAAGAUGGGGAUACACCAGCAGACAAUGGUGUCAAGGAGCAGUACGAAGAGCCACAGCUUUCUCAGUCUUUCACCUGCACACCCUCUCAGUCACCUUUGCCAACCAUCAGUCAGCAUGCAGCGAAGGCGGUGUGUCAUCAGGGAGGAGAGGAUGCCGAGGAUGCACAAGUUUUACCCACCUAUUUACCCGAGCACCCCGCUGGGGUGAGAAGAAGGGGCGGGGACAACAGCCAAGGUGUUGGUGCAUUGAAUGAUGGAGACAUUAGCAUCAUAGGAGUGGGUGACAUUGGCAUAGGGAUGAUUGGCGGCCAAACUCAGGGUACCACAAUCAUGGACCAGAUCAGUAGUGUGGUUAACCGUUUCACUGCCAACAUCAGUGAGCUGAACACCAUGAUGCUGCCGGGGGGAGCCACCGUCAGCCCACCCUCCACCACUGCUCUGCCUGCUGCUACUGCAGACACCACGGCGUGUCCACCUCAGUACCUUGCGCCCAGGAACAGACAGACACCCUCCACCGUCACCACAUAUGCGGAGGUAACAGCUGUCUCCAAUUUCUGCGAGAAUCGACCAGCGGGUAAGAUUUAUGAGCACCUGGCCGGGACUUGCGUGAGUAGCAGACGGGCCAAGGAUAUGGAGGAGCUCAUGGCUCUGACGCCUCCCUCUCCAUUUAGAGACUCAUCUCUGAGCUCCAAUGGCAGCUCUCCCCCUUCCCUGUCCCCUGCCUCUGAGGCUGAAUAUGACCAGCUGCUGCUGAGACAUUACAGCCAGAGCUCCUCCUCUCUUUAA